CAGGGCGGGGCGCGGCGGAGCAUGCGGUAUGUCUGGCUGCGACCUGUGACCCGGGCCGACCAGGACAGCGGCCUGAGCAGCCCGUUCGCUUAUGGGUCCUUCUCGGUUCUCAGUAAGGCGGCGGCGGCGGCCGGUCUGCCGGUCAAGCCCGUCAUAAAUUAUCCAGAAACGACAAUCCGAGUGCGUCAUCGCCAAACUUUGCGCCGAACGGAGUGACCCGUCUGGAAUGUCUGACGGACGCCGCGGUGACGAUAGAAAGUGGCGGACGAGUUCACACAAGAAUCUGCGGAAAAUAGCUUACUGUAAAAUAAUUAAAAUAAUUGUUAAUAAAAAACGAACAAAAAAACACGACAGCAACGUAGUCCUCUUUUGAUUAGCUCUAUCCAGAGUAUGGUAAUAAGUUUGAUGAUCCCGGAUUAGGAAUAAAGACGCCACGCCACGUUUGCACAAACUGGUUUUCCGCUAGAAACAGUUACGCGUGUGAGCAAAAGAAGCCUCCAGAUGAGGUCAUGUUCCCAAUGGUGUAUAAUAAGUCCUGGUGAUUAAUUGAUCUUUUGUCUAUUCCAGCAUUGAGAGCCCCUCCGUGGAGAGGGACAGGGAGCUGCGUCUCCAGAACAUCAAGAGCCAGGUUCUGAGCUACCUCGGCCUCUCGUCCCACAGCCAGCACCCCAUGAGCAACAUCUCGGCCUCGCAGCAGCAGCUCUCCCUGCUCCGCGUCGUCGGCCGCAUGAACCUCCCCAACCUGCCGCCCCAGGACAUCUUCGCCGAAAAAGUGCAGAGCCACUACCCGUCGUGCUCGCUGCCGCGCAACACGGACGAGACGCUGUGGUCCGGCGGCAGCGCCAUGCACCUCCUGUUCGACCUGCCCAACCACCCGCCGCCCGCCGGCACCUCCGUCAACGUGGUGCAGGCCACGCUGCGCCUCUACAAGGUGUCGCAGAGCAACGCCACGCUCGCCGCCCCGGGACCGCUCUGCCUGCCCUCCGCGUCCACGGCCGCGACCCCCGGCGACGAGGACGCCCCCGCCGCCGACGCGCCGCUCGAGGCACCGCUCGAGACGCCCCUGGACCAGCUGAGCCACCAGCUCGAGGAGCAGGGCGGCGGCCCGCUGCAGACGCUGCUCGGCAUGGCCACGGCCGAUGACCGGCAGGUGCGCGUGUCGGUCUACUGGUACACGCGCUCCCUCAAGAAGAACAAGAACGGAGUGGUGGUGGAGAAGCGCAAGCUGCUGGACUCGCGCAUGCUGCCCGUGCACGGCUCGGCCUGGACCGAGUGGAACGUGCGCAUGGCCGUCAAGGUGUGGCGCGAGUCGGGCCGCAACUUCGGGCUGGUCGUCGAGGUGGAGGACGAGGACGGCACCCUGCUCGACGCGCACCAGUUCUUCAACGGGAUGAACUGCACGCAAGAGGCAUCCACGGCCCGGCCCCUCCCCAGCUUCCUCCUCGACGCCGCCCGCCGCCUCUACAGCGGCAACGCCUCCGGCGGCCCCGGCGCCCGCGCCGGCUACCCCGCGGCCGGCACGUUCGCCCACGCUUUUAACCAGAAUCUGUUCCCCGUAAUCGACCUGUGCACCGUGGAGACGACGGACGGCAGCGGCGGCGCGCUGUACUCGUCGGGCUACGACACGGCGCCGCUGGCGGCCAGCAGGACGCAGCAGCAGCCCAAGCUGGCCAAGCACAGGGCGCACCCGGCGCACCCGCAGCCCGCCAAGCACCGCCAGGGCGACCGCCAGGGCGACCGGCCGCCGCACCACAAGCACCGCCACCAGCACCAGGACCACGACGACAGCCGCGAGCACGAGGAGCACCAGAGCGAGGAGCCACAGGCGAGGCGGUGGCCGCGGGCCAGGAGCGGCCCCCAGGGCGACGCGCAGGCCCAGGCCGACGACGAGGACAUCCGCCAGCUCAUCAUCCCGCGCGGCAUCGUCAUGACGGCCAAGCACGUCCAGCACGUGACCAGGGAUACGGCGCGCGCCAGGUAGGCCCCGGGACCGACCCUGGACCUGGAGUCCGACCCGACGCGCGGGUCCAGCUGGCGCCACAGACUGCUCCCAGCAUGAAUCAGUAUUGCCUGUCGUUCCUUGUCUCCAGCAUUCCAAAAUGCUUACAGGACCCACCUGCUUGGAUGUCCCUUGUAAUAAGUACAAGUUGUUUUUAGUGCUGUUUUCUGUUGUAUGUUUAGGUAUUUAUUUAUGUAGCAGACCAAGUUUAAUUAAUUGUGCACUUAGGAACAACAUAGUAUUUAAGGCCAUUUAAAAGACUGUUCAGUAGGUUGUUCCAUAAGUGUAUCUGCUGCGAAUUCUGAUAAAUGUCUAGUCUUAUCUCUUCACACUAGGGAUAAUGUAGUGUAAUAUACCUAGUUUGCAUUUAAGAUAAAUUCCUUGAAAAACGUGCUGGAAACAGCAUUCUUUUCAUUGAUACAAAGUACAUCACCAAGAGGAACAAAAUGCAUCCAAUCACCUGCUGUGGGUGCUACCACCCUGGUAGUCAGGUAACUCUAAUCAGUGAUUGCUUCUCCUCAUACAAAUACUAAGAUUUAUCUCUUUUGUUUUGUCAACCGAAUUUUUAACAUAUUAUUCUUUACCGAAUGUUCCUGAAAAACUCUUAUUUUGUUCCAAAAACUUUCUUUUUACAAUAUUUUGAUCAUUUCUCAAACUUUUACUUUUACUGAAUGAAAGGAAGUGACAGUAUUACAGGAUUCAAACAUGUCAUUUUCAUUAACAUCACGCAUUCCUUCGGAGAAUUGUUAUCUAAUUCCUUCUAUAUAACUUUGAUUGUUACCAAACAGACCUAAUUAAGGGGACAUAUGAUUUUCAAUCAAACAGGAGUGGAAUUUCAGUUGUUUUGUUUCAUGAACUUAACUAAAAGGCAUUAGCUUUGGGAGAUUCAUACCAAAACAGUUACAAAAGUAACACUGUGUCUGUCACUCCUGUUUGCUUGAAGACUCUAAUUAAUGUUAUGUUUUCUGCUUUAAGUUAAGUCAGGCAAUAGGAUGUUAGUUCUCAUCAUUUAGUGUUUAUGCUUCAUUCAUUAACUAAGCGCGUGCCAUAUGUACAUAUUCACAAAUACAAGCCAGUUAGAAUCUUGUGUCAUUUACAGCUUCUAUCCAAAAAUUGCCAUUAAUUUAUAUUAAACGUGCUAUUAUAUUUAUGAUAAGAAUGACCACUCAUAUUGGUUUUAUUUAUUAACUAUUGUAGGUAUUAAUUGGUCAGACAAGUACUGCAAUUUCGUGGCUACUUAAGAAACACUAUGUCAUUUAUCAUAAUACAGUCUAGCAAAAAAUGUUCAAAUUUUUCAAUUGCUCCCUGCAGCAGUUUUGUGGCACUCGAUCUGACCGAUAGAUUUCACAUAAGCUUAGGUGACUUGUACCAUGUUGAAAGCGGUAAAUAUUUAAGUAUUACGCCGUCAAAAAAGGUGUCUGUGCAGAUGGUAAGACCCAUUACUGAGAUGUAAAUGCUGUACAUUAAUAUACAAAACUCAAUGUUUUUCUUA